CUAAUCGAUUACACGAACAACGUAAAAGUCUGUCAUUCCCUGAUUCGUCCGGUGUUCGUCAGUAAUUUUCCUACUUUGUUGGAGUGUUGGUUCCGAGGUUGCUAGGGGUUCACCCAAGUAGAAACAGAACAAAAUGGGAGUACCUGCUGGAGAUGUUGAAAAAGGAAAAAAAGUUUUUGUUCAAAAGUGUGCUCAGUGCCACACAGUAGAAGCAGGAGGCAAACACAAAGUAGGUCCUAAUUUACAUGGCUUGUUCGGUAGAAAGACAGGUCAAGCAGCAGGCUUUUCAUACACUGAUGCCAACAAAGCUAAGGGUAUUGUUUGGAGCGAAGACACUCUCUUUGAAUACUUGGAAAAUCCGAAAAAAUACAUCCCUGGCACGAAGAUGAUCUUCGCGGGCAUCAAGAAACCUCAAGAACGCGCAGACCUCAUAGCGUACUUGAAAUCGGCGACGAAAUAAUUAUAAAUAAUAUAGUGAAAUUUCGCACUUAUCGGACGUUCAAAUUCGCGAAGUAUUUAUUUAUUUAUCGUUCAUUUGUGUUACCGGUUGUUACUUGUAUGUGUUAAUAUAUGACGUAUUGUGUACUUGGCGUUCGAUAAGUGUUCAGUCAAAAGGGUAGUAUUCGUCAGAUUGUACAGUCACUUACAAGGAUGUGAAUACACUUGUAACAUACUAGCCAAUUAUUUACAAUUAAGUUGCAAAAAGUUAUUACCUAAUGUUGUAUUUUUGGUACAACGCCUUUUAAUUUAUUAUAAACAAUAUCAAC